CACUCUCCACAGGAUAAUUAGAAAGCCAGAAGAACACAGUCCUAGAGAGGAAAGAAAUCCCCGCAUAAGUACUGCCCAAGGCAGAGAGAGUGACAAUGGAGGAGACUUACCUUCUCACCCACCCAGGCGUCAGGAAGAAGAUUCUGGCUGGAGGCACAGGACCACUGCCACACUGUCCACCUGGGACAAAGCUGGUGUUCCACUUCCAGACGCUGCUGGACGACUUUGAGCGCACCGUCAUCGACAACAGCCGUCUGGCCGGCCGGCCGGCGGAGAUCUUUGUGGGGAAGAUGUUUAAGAUGGAAGUCUGGGAGACUCUGCUGACCUCCAUGAGGACUGGCGAGGUGGCCGAGUUCUGGUGCGAUGCCACUCACACGGGCUUGUAUCCCAUUGUGUCCAAGGGAAUGAGACUGAUUGCUCAAGGGAAAGACCCCCUGGAGGGCCAGAGGCACAUGUGUGGCAUGGGAAACCUGUUCCACUAUCACUCCACUGGCUUCCCAGAGCUGGAUGAGAUAAUGAGAACGCCGCAACCGCUCAUAUUCAUCAUGGAGCUGCUGCAGGUUGGAGACCCCAUGUCCUACCCCAGAGAGUCAUGGAUGAUGGAAAAAGAUGAGAAGCUGCAGACGGUGCCAGUUCUCCACAUGCGGGGCAAUGCACUGGUCAAGCAGAGGCAAUUCAGCGAGGCUGCCAGCAAGUACAAAGAGGCCGUCCUGCUGCUAAAAACAGUCCAGUCCAGAGAGAUGCCGGGCGAUAUAGACUACAUUAACUUGGGUCGAAUGAUCAUCCCUCUGGAGUUGAAUUACUGCCAGUGUAUGUUGGAGCUGGAGGAGUAUUAUGAGGUCAUAGAGCACACCACGGAACUGCUGGAGAAACACAAAGACUGUGUAAAGGGCUACUACAAGAGAGCCAAGGCACAUGCUGCAGUGUGGAAUGAAAAGGAGGCUCGGAGAGACUUCAACAUGGUGGCCCGACUCGACGUCACCCUGGCUUCUCUUGUCGGCAGAGAGCUGAAGGCCCUGUCAGAGCGCAUGAAGGAGAAGUACUGGGAGGAGAAGGAGACGUAUUGGAACAUGCUGGAGAAAAAGGAGGGCAGAAAUGAAACGGAGGAGGAAGAGGGGCUGGGUGAAGAAGCAGAGAGGGGAGAUAUAGGAACGCAAGGACGUAGUGAAAGUGUGACCACAGAGAAUACAAAUGAGUGUGAGGAAGAAAGAGGUAAAGAGGGUGGAGAUGAAGAGAGCAUGGUCAAGCUGACACGGGGCGAGGAAGCAGGGAGCAAAGACAAAGCAAGCUUAUCCAAAACAGAGGGGAAGGACUGGCAGCAGAUGCUGCGGCUGAUCAUGUUCCUGCAGAAGGAAGGAAACUUCCUCAUCAAGGAGAAACACUUUCAAGAGGCUUGCGGGAAGUUCACCGAGGCCAUAGAAUAUGUGGACUUCCUUCAAAACAAGGUGGACGAGCGGGGCGACGACUGGGACUCGCUGGAGAAAGUGCGUCUCUCACUGACCCUCAACCUCGGCCAGUGCAAGCUGGAACUGAAAGAGUUCCGGGAAGUGGUGGAGCUCAUCAACAAGCUGCUGAAGAGACAUAAAGGUAACUUUAAAGCAGUGUUCCAGCGGGCGCAAGCACACGCUGCUCUGUGCAAUGCAGUUGAAGCUCGGCGGGACUUUGAAAUGCUGGAGAAGCUGGACCCCAAGUUCAAACCUUGGGUCCGCCAGGAACUGAAGAAGCUGGGAGAGCGCAUCCGCAACAUGCACGCCCACCAGAAUAAGACUUAUUGGGAUACGACACAGGAGAAGUGGGGAGCCGGUGGAAGCGAGACCAAGAAGCACAUUGAAUGUGUACAGAAAACCUCAGAGGAAAAAACUGAGGAGAGUAAGACUAAAGGGGAGGAAAGCUCAGAGAAACCCGUCCCGGCUGAGACAGAAGAUGAUGCAGCGACAGAGGAAAUCCCAGAUGUGAAAGCAAAGCACAGCAAGAAGCUGGAGAGUGGGGGAGCGAGCGAAGAGGCGUUAGAUAAUGAAAAUCUAGAACGUACAGUGGAUGCGGGGCGCAGGGAGGGGGGCACCAGAUAAUCGAGCACAAGACACAGAUAGUGACCCUGCUGCGUCCACCGGCACGGACGGAGAUAGUGUAGCGAGCGGGAGAUCAGCGUGUGAUACGGGGAAGGUCAAAUGCCAAUCAAGCGCUGAACUGGACCCGAGCAGAACAAGUCAGGGGGACAGAGCCACCGGUGAUAGGAAAGGAAAUGGUGACACUCAAUAAGAGAAAGAACAGAGAGUAGAGUGAUGAGUAAAACAGAAACCCAGAAAGAAAAGUAAUAUGGAUGCAGGAGAAGUGAUGAACAGGAAACAUUGAUUCCGCUGCAUACAAAUACAAAUAUAAAUGUGAACACAAGGAGCAAAAUGAAUAUAAACACCCUUUAAGUUUCAUUAUUCUGUUCUCAGAGGGAAGAAAUGCAAACACAUGGAGACAGAGAGAGUGUUUGCCAAAUACAAAGUUUUAUUUCUGUACACAAAAAA